AUAGUAUUAGUUCUAAUUUUCUUGCGGGCUUUUUAAUUUCCUAAUGCAAUGAGAUUCAGGGGAAAAUUAGUUGAUAUUGGAUGUAUACAACAUUUCACUCGUGUUGUAACAACUGUUUCAAAGUUGAUUAAAACAUGUGUUUUGAGAGUGACCACAUCAGCAUUGUACUUCAUCUUGUCUGAGAAGGUUGUGAAUGGAGGUAUACAGAUCUGGUGUGAACUUCCUCAGGGUCACUUUUUUGAUGAAUAUGCAAUGGAAGGUGUUUCAGCGGAGGCCAAUGAAAUUUAUCUAGAGAUGUCCCCAGAAAACUUGGUUAAAGCCCUGAAGACAGCACAGAUGGCCAAGUGGGUAAAGGUGAAGCUGACAAAAAAGCAUGCACCUUGUCUUACGGUGGAGGUAGAUCUGCCUACGCUAGGUUCCCAUUCUAGAGUUGUUGUACAUGAUAUACCAGUGACUGUAGUACCACGUCGAUUAUGGCAGGAAUAUCAGGAGCCCGAAGUUCCCCAGUUUGAUGUAAGUAUUAUAAUGCCACAGAUGAAGGUAUUGCGGAAUAUUGUAGACAAGAUGAAGAAUCUCAGCAAUAAUUUGUUAUUAUCUGCCAACAGACAAGGGGAAUUAAAGGUUUCUGUGGAAACAGACAUGGUGUCAGUCAGUACACAUUUUCAGGACCUCAUCAACCCUACUUCAAGGAAUGAUGCUGGACGCCCAGCACAGCUGUCACCAAAUUAUGACCCGGAAGAAUUUGCUGAAGCUAGGAUAGACAUUAGAAAAUUUGCUCAGUUUCUAUCUGGUCAGCAGGUCAGCCCAAGUAGAGUUAUAUGUAAUAUAGCGGAUAACAGAGUGGUUCAUUUUUACCUGAUGAAUGAUGAUGUUUCACUGCAAUAUUUUAUGCCAGUUAUGAUGGUAUGAUGAUGUAAAAUAACAAGCCAUGGACAGAAGGACUAGGAAAUGACUAGGUUGCCACCUCUUUUUUCAAAACAUUAGAACUUCAAGUUAUUUUACAUUAAAAAAUUAACACAUUGUAAAGAUUCAGCUGAAAUAUCAGAAUGAGUUUAAAGUGUUAGUAUAUGCGUGGACUUAUAUUAUAAUCUGUGGCAUAUGUCACAUAACAUAAAGUAUCUUUAUGUUUUUCUUGCUUCAAAUUUACUGCAGUAGUGUUAAAUAUUAAUCUUCUGACUAAGAUAUAUUUUGCUGUUUUUAAAAAAUAGGAAAACAUUGUUUUAGAUGGUCUUAGACUCAAUGCAUGUCAGCCUAAUUUUCGAAGGCACAUGUACAUGGUUUUAAAAAUUCUUUUGUGAGAGUUUAUGCAAAAUAGACUGUCAGAAAUUUUCAAAUUCAGGCCUUCCCAUUGGACUAAAAAAGAAAAAAGAAAAAAGACUUAAAUAUUUUAGAGGGAAAAUUGCAUGGUCUAAUUAGAGUGCAAAGCAUAUCAACAAUAUAUCGAUAUCAGAUGACAAAUAUCAAAGAUACACCGAUAUGAUACACCGAUAUAUUGAUAAUUUGUCUAUCAUUCACUUUUAUACCUGUUUCAAUGAC